AUGGCUCCUGCACUUCUACCCUCAUCACCUGCACUGGCACAGUCGUCCACUUCACGUCUCCCGCAAACUUCAAUGCAAGACGGCAGUAGUUACGACAGCCAAAUGGCGCAGAAUCCUAGUUUCCUAGCUGGUCUCCAGGUGAUCAACGACAAGAUGCAGCUGCAAGAACGGCUUCAAAGAAAACAGGCAGCGUUCGAGGAAGUGAUGGAGAUCAACAAUAAGGAAAAGGAGGCACAUAGCCGGACUAAAGAGGAGGUGCAAUCUCUCAAGAACGAUAUCAAAGAAAAAGAUAAGGCCAUUGACAAACAGACAGAACAGAUCAAGUCUCUCCAAUCCCAGGCUGCAAGCUUGCAAUCCAAAUAUGAGGACGAGAGGCACAAGGUUGCCGACGCCCACGGCGAGAUUGGCGGCCUGUUGCAACAGAUAGCCAGCAAAGACUCAAAAAUUGACGAGUUGAAGAGUGCUGGAUCGCAGUUGAGAGAGCGAUAUACUGCCUCAAAGGAUAAGAUCAAGCAGCUCCAGGCAGAGAACUCAGAUUUGGAUCAGAGGCUGAGAGCAGCCACUGACCGCGUAAGGGAGUUGGAAGGAUUUGCAACCGGCUUCAUUGAAUUGGAUGAGAAUCACCUGAUUGAUGGGUAUGCUAUGCUCUGGGAAUAUGCCACGAACGAAGUCUACUCCCAGCUGGAGGCCGAUCUUGAUAGCAAGGUGCUUCGAUGCAGCGUGGGAAGAGCUGAGACAUUGCGACCUUGCUAUUCAGCACCGCAUCCCUCUCCCAUCUUCCAACUCUCCUGCGGCGAAACAUAUGCUCCUCGCCAUGAUUUUGGCCAUGCUAUCGAGGGAAAUUGA